UCUCUGUCGUCGUUUCCAUCUCGCUUUCCUCCUGUUUCAUUCCUGUAUCUUUCUUGUCUAGACCAAGUGGAGCAGCCAGCUGGCAGUAGCGCCAUGUAGGACCCUUCAGGAACCCGAUGGACAGAAAUCAAGUAUCAGGAAAAAACUUUACUGAUGUAAGGAAAUGUGGCAGAUUCCACCACCUGUUGUCGCAGUUUUUGGCGUUGAGAGUGACACCAAGCAUAUGGAAGAAAAAAUCCCAAGAAAGUAAAAACAAAGGAAACAAAACUCACAACAUACAGCAGAAGACAAGUGGCUCUUCUGCAAAUUCCACCUCUGCAAAUAUGAGAGAUUCUGCGGAAGGUCCUAAAGAAGAGGAAGAGAAGCCUUCAGCAUCGGCACUUGAGCAGCCGGCCAUUCUUCAGGAGGUAGCUUGUCAGAGUGUGCUUCCAGAACUAGUUACUCCUCCCCCUGCCUGUGAGUCACAGCCAGAACCAGACGAGAAACCAGAAGCAACAAAUUGUGAGGCGAAUGAUGUGGAGGAAGAGGAGGAGGAGGAGGACGAUGAUGAUGAUGAUGAUGAGUUAGAAGAAGAGGGGGAGGAAGAAGCCGACAUGCCGAAUGAAAAUUCUGUGAAAGAACCAGAAAUACGAUGUGAUGAGAAGCCAGAAGAUUUAUUAGAAGAACCAAAAGAUAUUUCAGAAGAAACUCUUGAAGACUGUUCAGAGGUAGCGCCUGUUAUCAGAAUCCCCAAAACUAAAGAAGAGUCUAAUGGUGAUAUAUUUGAAGCAUUCAUGUUUCCAUGUCAACAUUGUGAAAGGAAGUUUACAACCAAACAGGGGCUUGAACGUCACAUGCAUAUCCAUAUAUCUACAGUCAAUCAUGCUUUCAAAUGCAAGUACUGUGGGAAAGCAUUUGGCACACAGAUUAACAGGCGGCGGCACGAGCGUCGCCAUGAAGCAGGGUUAAAGCGGAAAACCGGCCCAACACUACAGCCAUCAGAGGACCUCGCUGAUGGCAGAGUAUCUGGAGAAAGUGUUGCUCCUAAAGAUGAAUUGCAUCCUCCCUAUCUUGGGCAAAACUGUCUGAUCUUGAAUUCAGAGAAAGCUUCCCAAGAAACAGUAAAUUCUUCUGUUAUAGAAGAGAAUGGGGAAGUUAAAGCACUUCAUCCGUGCAAAUAUUGUAAAAAGGUUUUUGGAACUCAUACUAAUAUGAGAAGGCAUCAGCGUAGAGUUCAUGAGCGCCAUCUGAUUCCCAAAGGUGUACGGCGAAAAGGAGGCCUCCAUGAAGAGCCACAGCCUCCAGCUGAACAGGCCCAACCACCCAGAACAUCUAUGUACCAAGCACAGAGCCAGAGGAGGAAGGGGAAGCAGAUGAUGUGUACAUCAUGGAUAUUUCUAGCAAUAUCUCUGAAAACUUAAAU